UGCAGCCAUUGCACCGCCGAGCAUCCCACAUUCAACAGGAGGAACCCGCGGGAGAGGAUCCCCGAGACCCCAGCGCCGCAGCCGCCACAGCCCGUGCGCCCCGCGCCAUGGCCAAGGAAGGCGUGGAGAAGGCGGAGGAGACGGAGCAAAUGAUCGAGAAGGAGGCAGGCAAGGAGCCGGCGGAAGGCGGCGGCGGCGGCGGCUCUCACCGCCUGGGGGACGCCCAGGAGAUGCGCGCCGUGGUGCUGGCCGGCUUUGGGGGACUCAACAAGCUGCGGGUCACCAGGAAGGCCAUGCCCGAGCCACAGGACGGCGAGCUCAAGAUCCGCGUCAAAGCCUGUGGUUUAAACUUCAUUGACUUGAUGGUGCGACAAGGGAAUAUUGACAAUCCUCCUAAGGCUCCCCUGGUGCCAGGAUUUGAGUGUUCCGGGAUUGUUGAAGCCCUGGGGGACGGCGUGAAAGGAUUCGAGAUUGGGGACCGUGUCAUGGCAUUUGUCAACUACAAUGCCUGGGCCGAGGUGGUCUGCACACCAGUGGAAUUUGUCUACAAGAUCCCAGAUGACAUGAGCUUCUCCGAGGCUGCUGCAUUCCCCAUGAACUUCGUCACGGCCUACAUGAUGCUCUUUGAAGUCGCCAACCUCCGAGAAGGGAUGUCUGUGCUCGUACAUUCGGCUGGCGGUGGUGUGGGCCAGGCUGUGGCUCAGCUGUGUUCCACCAUCCCCAAUGUGACUGUCUUUGGGACGGCUUCUACCUUCAAACAUGAAGCCAUCAAAGACUCCGUGACCCACCUCUUUGACAGAAAUGCAGACUAUGUGCAGGAAGUGAAAAGAAUCUCUGCUGAAGGAGUGGACAUUGUUUUGGAUUGCCUCUGUGGGGACAACACUGGAAAAGGUCUCAGCCUUCUCAAACCACUGGGAACCUACAUUUUAUAUGGUUCAUCCAACAUGGUGACCGGAGAGACCAAGAGCUUCUUUAGCUUUGCAAAAUCAUGGUGGCAGGUCGAGAAAGUGAACCCCAUCAAGCUCUAUGAAGAGAACAAAGUCAUCGCUGGGUUUUCCCUUUUAAAUCUGCUCUUCAAGCAGGGCCGUGCUGGCCUCAUUCAACGAGUGGUGGACAAACUCAUUGGGCUUUACACCCAGAAGAAGAUCAAGCCCGUGGUGGACUCCCUGUGGGCCCUGGAGGAGGUGAAGGAGGCCAUGCAGCGGAUUCACGACCGAGGAAACAUCGGCAAGUUAAUUCUGGACGUGGAAAAGACCCCGACUCCACUGAUGGCCAAUGACAGCACGGAGACCAGCGAGGCCGGAGAAGAGGAGGAGGACCAUGAGGGUGACAGCGAGAACAAGGAAAGGAUGCCCUUCAUCCAGUAACCCAGGACCUCGGCAGGAGGACAUGCAGGGUGGUUUGGAGGAAGAGGAGCUGGCUGAGAAAGCUCUCCUGUGCCCCAGUGAACAAAUGUUGUAGUCCAGUGAGUGUUGUGUUUGUCUGCAGUCAGCUGAGCUAAAAAGCUGUUGAUUACCGUUGUUUCUGAAAUUAAGUGCCAAUCCCAUUCCAUGCAGUAUUAUGUCCCUCCCUGAUCUGUGUGUGACACUACCUGCUCCCCUGUUUCAAAACCGUCCAUCUUUGGGUCCUUCUCGACAGUUCCAGAACAGCCUUGCAAAUUAAUAUGAGCCCACAGGUCCAGUGCUUAAGAGGCCAGACCCGGGCAGAGACAAGUUUGGAAGGAGAGGUGUUAUCACAGAGCACUGUCCAGAUCCUCGAGUUCUUCAGGCCAAUGACACUUUCUGCCACCAGCCACCCAUGCUUUGGACAAGAGCACUUGCCAAUUUGGCUGGCAGGAAGAGGGUAGGCCGGGAGAUGUUUCCACGAGCCCUUAAGUUUAGGAUCUCUCCAAGCAGUAUUUCCUUUCUUCCCACUUAACAGGCAACCUCCCUACAGUCCUUCAGUUGCUUCAUGGUCAAAAGGUUGAAGCAUCCUCCUCUCAACCUCUGAUUCUGAAUCCCUUCACUGGUUCUUAGCCAAAAACAUUGGGGAAAGAGAUGUGGAAUUUUCAAGGAUAGAAGAUGGGUCAACUACCCACAUGUGAGGACCAGCCCCAGAGAUUCCUCCUCUGAAACCAUGUCUCAUGAGCAAAGUCCCCCUUCUGCCAUAUAUAGUCUAUUUUCAUUUUAAGAAAACUCACCCGGUGUGGGACUAUUUCAGAAGUCAUUACUCAAGACACGCCUAUGUUUGCUUGCUUGCCAUUGGCAUGACCAAUUUUGUUCUUUUCAUUUCUUGGUACUGAAUAGUCACCUUUACCUUGGCUCCCCCUUUGUAGACCAUAUUUGAGGGGGGAAAAAUCAAUGAGUAUCUCUUUUUCUUGCCAAAGCAGGUUCCAACAUGUAACAAACUCUCAUGAUACAGAAGGUCGAUGUUUAGUGUCUGAUGCCCAAUGUGCAGUUCCUUUCCUCUGAAAUAUAAAAUUAUGGUGCAGACUC